AAAAGCCCCUGAGGGUUGGCCUGGGGAUGUUCAGUAGGGACGAGGAGUACGUGCCCCUCGACGCAGACUGUGACUUGUCGGGCCAGGUCGAGGUGUGGCUGAACCGAGUGCUGGAGAGCAUGCGGUCCACCCUGCGGCACCUGAUCCCCGAGGCCAUGGUGACCUACGAGGAGAAGCCGCGGGAGCAAUGGGUGUUCGACUACCCGGCGCAGGUUGCUCUGACGUGCACCCAGAUCUGGUGGACGACAGAAGUCGGCAUUGCCUUUUCGAGGCUGGAGGAGGGCUACGAGAACGCAAUGAGGGAUUACAACAAAAAGCAGAUCUCUCAGCUAAAUGCACUGAUCUCACUGCUCAUUGGAAACCUAAGUGCCGGAGACAGAAUGAAGAUCAUGACAAUCUGUACCAUUGACGUCCACGCCAGGGAUGUUGUGGCUAAAAUGAUCCUUGCCAAGGUGGAGAGUGCCCAGGCGUUCUCCUGGCAGUCCCAGCUCCGGCACCGCUGGGACGAGGGCAGGAGGCACUGCUACGCCAACAUCUGCGACGCGCAGCUCCAGUACUCCUACGAGUACCUGGGGAACACCCCCCGGCUGGUGAUCACCCCUCUGACAGACCGGUGCUACAUCACCCUGACACAGUCCCUCCACCUCUUCAUGGGGGGGGCCCCCGCCGGCCCCGCGGGCACCGGGAAGACGGAGACCACCAAGGACCUGGGCCGGGCAGUGGGCAUGAUGGUCUACGUCUUCAACUGCUCCGAGCAGAUGGACUACAAGUCCUGCGGCAGUAUCUACAAGGGGCUGGCUCAGACUGGCGCCUGGGGCUGUUUCGAUGAAUUCAAUCGCAUUGCAGUGGAGGUUUUGUCUGUGAUUGCUGUGCAGGUGAAAUGUGUUCAAGACGCAAUUCGUGCCAAGAAGAAAAGAUUCAAUUUCCUUGGAGAAAUGAUCACUCUGAUCCCGUCAGUUGGGCUGUUCAUCACCAUGAACCCCAGCUACGCAGGACGGACAGAACUACCUGAAAAUCUAAAAGCUCUGUUCAGACCCUGUGCCAUGGUCAUCCCGGAUUUUGAGCUGAUCUGUGAAAUCAUGCUUGUUGCAGAAGGUUUUCUUGAUGCUAAGCUUCUUGCAAGAAAGUUCAUCACGCUGUAUACACUCUGCAAAGAGCUACUGUCUAAACAGGACCACUAUGACUGGGGGCUGCGGGCUAUCAAGUCCGUGCUGGUGGUAGCGGGCUCCUUGAAGAGAGGGGACCCCGGGCGCGCCGAGGACCAAGUUCUGAUGAGAGCUUUACGAGACUUCAACAUCCCCAAGAUUGUGACAGACGACUUGCCCGUCUUCAUGGGGCUGAUUGGAGACCUGUUCCCAGCCCUGGACGUCCCCAGGAAGAGGGACCUCAACUUUGAGAAGCUCAUCAAGCAGUCCGUGCUGGAGCUGAAGCUGCAGGCGGAGGAGAGCUUUGUGCUGAAGGUGGUGCAGCUGGAGGAGCUGCUGCAAGUGAGACACUCCGUCUUCAUCAUCGGCAACGCCGGCUGUGGCAAGUCCCAGGUGCUGAGGUCGCUCAACAAGACGUACAAGACCAUGAAGCGGAAGCCGGUCACCGUGGACCUUGACCCCAAGGCUGUGACCUGCGAUGAGCUGUUUGGGGUUAUUCAUCCAUCCACGCGAGAGUGGAAGGAUGGUCUGUUUUCUUCAACGAUGCGUGACCUGGCCAACAUCACACAUAAAGGGCCCAAGUGGAUCAUCCUCGAUGGCGACAUUGACCCCAUGUGGAUCGAGUCCCUGAACACGGUUAUGGAUGACAAUAAGGUUCUCACCUUGGCCAGCAAUGAGCGCAUCCCCCUCAACCCCACCAUGCGGCUCCUCUUCGAGGUCAGCCACCUGCGGACGGCCACGCCAGCAACCGUGUCCCGUGCGGGAAUCCUCUACAUCAACCCCACGGACCUGGGCUGGAACCCCAUUGUGACCAGCUGGAUCGAGAAGAGGACAGUGCAGUCUGAGAAGGCCAAUUUGAUGAUCCUCUUUGACAAGUACCUGCCAGUGUGCCUAGAGAAGCUCAGGUCUGGAUUCAAGAAGAUCACCCCUGUCCCUGAGGUCACGAUGACACAGACGGUGCUGUACCUGCUGGAGUGCCUCCUGAUGCCGCAGACCACCCCGCCGGACUCACCUCGGGAGCUCUACGAGCUCUACUUCGUCUUCGCUUGCACUUGGGCCUUCGGAGGGGCCAUGUUCCAGGACCAGCUCGUGGAUUACCGCCUGGAGUUCAGCAAGUGGUGGGUGAAUGAGUUUAAAACCAUCAAGUUUCCUUCUCAGGGGACAAUUUUCGACUAUUACAUUGAUCCGGAAACAAAGAAAUUCAUGCUCUGGACAGAAAAAGUGCCAAAAUUUGAACUCAAUCCUGAUGUCCCUUUACAGGCCUCCCUGGUGCACACGACGGAGACCGUUCGCAUUCGCUACCUCAUGGACCUGCUGAUGGAGAAGCAGAGGCCGGUGAUGCUGGUGGGGAACGCGGGGACGGGAAAAUCGGUCCUGAUGCGGGACAAGCUCGGAGCGCUCAGCGCAGAUGAAUACCUCGUGCAGUCUGUGCCCUUUAACUUCUACACCACCUCGGCCAUGCUGCAGGCCGUCCUCGAGAAACCCCUGGAGAAGAAAUCCGGGAGGAACUACGGCCCACCCGGGACCAGGAGGCUUGUCUACUUCAUCGACGACAUGAACAUGCCAGAGGUGGACAAGUACGGCACCGUGGCACCGCACACGCUCAUCCGGCAGCACAUGGACCACGGGCACUGGUACGACAGGAACAAACUGACCCUGAAGGACAUUCACAACUGCCAGUACGUGGCCUGCAUGAACCCGACCGCAGGGUCCUUCACCAUCGACUCCAGGUUGCAGCGUCACUUCUGCGUCUUCGCCAUGAGCUUCCCCGGGCAGGAGGCUCUGCUGGCCGUGUACAGCACCAUCCUCGCGCAGCACCUGGCCCGGCAGAAGAUGCCGCCGCCUGUCCAGAAGCUGCAGCCCCAGCUGGUAGCGGCAGCGCUGGCCCUCCACCAGAAGGUCGCCUCCACCUUCUUGCCAACAGCCAUCAAGUUCCACUACCUCUUCAACCUCCGGGACCUCUCCAAUAUAUUCCAGGGUCUCUUGUUCUCCACUCCCGAAUGCCUGAAAAGUCCCCUGGACCUGGUGCGUCUCUGGCUCCACGAAGCUGAGCGGGUGUACGGGGACAAGCUCGUCGAUGAAAAGGACCAAACGGCCUUUGGGAAGAUGCUGGUGGACAUCUGCAAGAAGUUCUUUGAUGAACUCGGCGAAGACCUGGUGUUCACCAAGCCCAACAUCUACUGCCACUUUGCCCAGGGCAUAGGGGAUCCCAGGUACAUGCCGGUGCCGAGCUGGCCGGCUCUGAACAAGCUGCUGGCGGAAGCCCUGGACAGCUACAACGAGAUGAACGCGGCGAUGAACCUGGUGCUCUUUGAAGAUGCGGUGUCUCAUAUUUGCAGAAUUAGUCGGAUUUUAGAGUCUCCCCGGGGCAACGCGCUGCUGGUGGGGGUAGGAGGCAGCGGGAAGCAGAGUCUAGCGCGGCUGGCAGCUUUUAUCAGCAAUCUGAACGUGUUUCAGAUUACGCUGAAGAAAGGCUACGGCAUCCCAGACCUGAAGCUGGACCUCGCCUCCCAGUGCAUCAAGGCAGCCGUGAAGAACGUCCCCACCGUAUUCCUGAUGACAGACUCCCAGGUUGCUGAUGAAUCGUUCCUGGUCCUAAUCAAUGAUUACUUGGCGUCCGGGGAGGUGCCGGGGCUCUUUCAGGAUGAUGACCUGGAAAACAUUAUGAGUGCCAUGAAGCCCCAAGUGAAGUUCCUUGGAUUGCAAGAUACAAGGGAAAACUGCUGGAAAUUAUUUAUAGAAAAAGUCAGGCGUCAGUUAAAGGUCAUCCUCUGCUUCUCCCCCGUGGGCUCGACCCUGAGGGAGCGGGCGAGGCGGUUCCCCGCCGUGGUCAACUGCACGGCCAUCGACUGGUUCCACGAGUGGCCGGAGGAUGCGCUCGUGUCCGUCAGCAGCAGGUUCCUGGAGGAAACGGGGGACAUUGAGCCCGAGGUCAAGGUUUCCAUCAGCCGGUUCAUGUCCCACGUCCACCUGAGCGUUAAGGAGAUGUCCAAGACCUACCUGGCUGUGGAGAGACGCUAUAAUUACACCACGCCAAAGACCUUCCUGGAGCAGAUAAGUCUCUACCAAAACCUGCUGUCGAAAAAACGGAGCGAGCUCACCGCCAAGAUCGAGAGGCUGGAGAAGGGGCUGACAAAGCUGCAGAGCACGGCGUCACAGGUGGAUGACCUGAAAGCCAAGCUGGCGGUCCAGGAGACAGAGCUGAAGCAGAAAAACGAGGAUGCGGAUAAACUGAUCCACGUGGUGGGCGUCGAGACAGAGAAGGUCAGCAAGGAGAAAGCCAUCGCUGCCGAGGAGGAGCUGAAGGUCCAGGCCAUCAACACGAACGUGGCUGAGAAGCAGCGAGCCUGCGAGACCGACCUGGCGAAAGCGGAGCCGGCGCUCGUGGCUGCCCAGGAAGCCCUCAACACGCUCAACAAGGUGGGGGUCCCCUCGGUGGGAAGCGGGUUCCCAGCUGGUGCCGGCGCCCCUGUGCCGGGGCGAUGCUCAGCAGCCCCCCCGGUCCCUUCCCAGAACAACCUGACGGAGCUGAAGUCCUUCGGGUCCCCGCCCCAAGCCGUGGUGAACGUGACGGCGGCCGUGAUGGUCCUGACGGCCCCCAGGGGCAAGAUACCGAAGGAUAAGAGCUGGAAGGCAGCAAAAGUCAUGAUGGGAAAAGUUGACACUUUCCUUGACGCCUUAAAGAAUUUUGACAAGGAGCACAUCCCUGAGGCCUGUCUCAAGGCGUUUCAGCCCUACCAGUCAGACCCCAGUUUUGAUCCAGAGUUCAUAAUGUCGAAGUCGACAGCCGCCGCAGGUCUGUGCUCCUGGUGCCUAAACAUCGUCCGCUUCUACGAGGUGUUCUGCGAGGUGGAGCCCAAGAGGCUGGCGCUGGAGGAGGCCAACGCCGAGCUGGCAGAGGCACAAGAAAAACUCAGUCGCAUUAAGAACAAAAUUGCCGACCUGAAUGCCAAUUUGGCAGCUCUCACUGCAGCAUUUGAGAAAGCUACAGCUGAAAAAAUCAAAUGUCAGCAGGAGGCUGACGCAACCAACAGAGUCAUCGUGUUGGCAAACAGGCUCAUCGGGGGCCUGGCAUCCGAAAACGUCCGCUGGGCUGAGUCAGUAGAGAUGCUCAGGGAGCAGGAGAAGACGCUGUGCGGGGACGUGCUGCUGGUCUCUGCCUUCGUGUCCUACGUCGGCUACUUCACCAAGAAGUACAGGGCCGAGCUGCUGGAGAGGCACUGGAUCCCCUUCCUCAGCAGCCUGGCAGCGCCCAUCCCCGUCACGCCAGGGCUGGACCCCCUCAGCCUCCUCACCGACACUGCGGACGUGGCUGCCUGGAGCAACCAGGGGCUGCCCAGCGACCGCACGUCCACCGAGAACGCCACCAUCCUCUGCAACACCCAGCGCUGGCCCCUGGUCGUGGACGCCCAGCUCCAGGGCAUCAAGUGGAUCAAGAACAAAUACGGGGAGGAGCUGCAGGCCAUCCGCCUGGGCCAGCGGAGCUACCUGGACACCAUCGAGCGGGCGGUUUCCGAAGGACAGACGCUGCUGAUCGAGGACGUCGGCGAGACGGUGGAGCCGGUGCUGGACCAUCUCCUGGGCAGGAACACCACCAAGAAGGGCAGAUACAUUAGGAUAGGAGAUAAAGAAGUGGAGUAUCACCCACGCUUCCGCCUGAUUCUGCACACCAAAUAUUUCAACCCUCACUUCAAGCCGGAGGUGCAGGCUCAGUGCACCCUGAUCAACUUCUUGGUGACCCGGGAGGGACUGGAGGACCAGCUCCUGGCUGCGGUGGUGGCCAAAGAGCGGCCAGACCUGGAGACCCUGAAGGCAAACCUCACGAAGAGCCAGAACGAGUUCAAGAUCAAGCUGAAGGAGCUGGAGGACUCCCUGCUCGCCCGGCUGUCUGCUGCCGGGGGGGAAUUCCUGGGGGACACGGUGCUGGUGGAGAACCUGGAAACAACGAAGCGCACAGCCAUGGAAAUUGAGGAAAAAGUGAAAGAAGCUAAAGUCACCGAAGUCCAAAUAAAUGUCGCUAGAGAAAACUACAGGCCAGCGGCGGAGCGAGCGUCCCUGCUGUACUUCAUCCUGAGUGACCUCAACAAGAUCAACCCCAUCUACCAGUUCUCUCUCAAGGCAUUCAACGGGGUCUUCGAGAAAGCCAUCCAGCGCACGGCCCCCAGCGACGACAUCGAGCAGAGGGUGAUCAACCUGACGGACGAGAUCACCUACUCGGUCUAUGCGUACACCGCCCGGGGGCUCUUUGAGAGAGACAAACUCAUUUUCCUGGCCCAGGUUACCUUCCAGGUCCUGGUAAUCAAGGGAGAAGCGAACCCGGCAGAGCUGGACUUUCUUCUGCGCUUCCCCUCCAAGGCCGGCGUCACGUCCCCCGUGGACUUCCUGCAGCCCCAGGGCUGGGGCGGCAUCAAGGUGCUCUCGGAAAUGGACGAGUUCAGGAACUUGGACAGCGAUAUCGAGGGCUCGGCAAAGCGAUGGAAAAAGUUUGUGGAGUCGGAGGUGCCGGAGAAGGAGGCGUUCCCCAAGGAGUGGAAGAACAAGUCGGCGCUGCAGAAGCUGUGCAUGCUGCGGUGCCUGCGGCCGGACAGGAUGUCCUACGCCGUCCGGAACUUUGUGGAAGAGAAGAUGGGGAGCAAGUUUGUGGAAGGGAGGAGCGUUGAACUCUUCAAGGCGUACAAGGAGAGCAGCCCCUCCAGCCCUCUGUUCUUCAUCCUCUCUCCUGGCGUCGACCCACUGAAGGAUGUGGAGGCCCUGGGCAGAAAGCUGAACUUCACCAUCGACAACGGGAAGAUCCACAACGUGUCGCUGGGGCAGGGCCAGGAGGUCGUGGCAGAACGGGCCCUGGAGCUGGCGGCCGCGCAGGGACACUGGGUCAUCCUGCAGAACAUCCACCUGGUGGCCCGGUGGCUGGGCACGCUGGAGAAGGCGGUGGAGCAGUACAGCCUGGGCAGCCACGCUGACUACCGCGUGUUCAUGAGCGCCGAGCCAGCCCCCAGCCCCGAGGCACACAUCAUCCCGCAGGGACUGCUGGAAAACGCCAUCAAAAUCACCAACGAGCCGCCGACGGGCAUGUGUGCCAACCUGCACAAAGCCCUCGACCUCUUCACCCAGGACACGUUAGAGAUGUGCAGCAAAGAAAUCGAGUUCAAAUGCGUCUUGUUUGCGCUCUGUUACUUCCACGCGGUGGUGGCCGAGCGGCGCAAGUUUGGCGCUCAGGGCUGGAACAGAUCCUACCCCUUCAACAACGGCGACCUGACCAUAUCCAUUAACGUCCUCUACAACUACCUGGAGGCAAACCCCAAGGUCCCAUGGGAUGAUCUCCGGUACCUCUUUGGUGAAAUCAUGUACGGGGGACAUAUCACAGACGACUGGGACCGCCGGCUGUGCCGCACUUACCUGAGCGAAUACAUCCACGCCGAGAUGCUGGAAGGGGAAGUGUCCUUGGCUCCAGGGUUUUUGGUCCCUCCCAGCUUGGAUUACGAGGGUUACCACAAGUACAUCGAGGACAACCUGCCCCCGGAGAGCCCCUACCUGUACGGCCUCCACCCCAACGCCGAAAUCGGCUUCCUGACUGUCACUUCGGACAGGCUUUUUCGGACAGUUUUGGAAAUGCAGCCCAAAGAAUCAGACGCUGGAGGAGGCUCGGGUGUCUCCCGAGAGGAAAAGGUGAAGUCAGUCCUAGACGAGAUUAUCGAGAGGCUGCCGGAGCCGUUCAGCAUGGCAGAGCUCACGGCGACAGCAGUGGACAAGACCCCGUAUGUCGUAGUCGCCUUCCAGGAAUGUGAAAGAAUGAACACGCUGACCCAGGAAAUCAGGCGCUCUUUGAAGGAGUUAGACCUGGGACUGAAGGGAGAGCUAACGAUUACGUCCGAUAUGGAAGAGCUGGCAAACGCUCUCUUCUACGACAAGGUCCCCGAGUGCUGGACACGUUACGCCUACCCCUCUCUUCUCAGCCUGGGCGCCUGGUACGCAGACCUGCUCCUUCGGAUCAGGGAGCUGGACGUCUGGACAACAGACUUUGUGCUGCCUGCAACAGUGUGGCUGGCAGGAUUCUUCAAUCCCCAGUCCUUCCUCACUGCGAUCAUGCAGUCCAUGGCCAGAAAAAACGAAUGGCCACUGGACAAGAUGUGUCUUUCAGUGGAAGUGACCAAGAAAAACCGUGAGGAUAUAACAGCUCCACCUAGAGAAGGCUCCUAUGUGCAUGGAUUAUUCAUGGAAGGCGCUCGGUGGGACAUCCCUUCGGGUGCGAUCGCAGACGCUCGACUGAAGGAGCUGAGGCCCGUAAUGCCAGUCAUCUUCAUCAGAGCCAUCCCUGUGGACCGCAGGGACACCGAGAACGUCUAUGAAUGUCCUGUCUAUAAGACUCGGAUGCGAGGUCCCACCUACGUCUGGACCUUCAACCUAAAGACAAAAGAAAGAGCUGCUAAGUGGAUACUGGCUGCUGUUGCUCUGCUCUUACAGACCUAAACCUUAGUGACUAUGGAAAACAGCGAAUGCUUUUACUUGCAAAAAACCUCAAGGUUGUGUAACUUAGACUAAGUUUGAUUGUACCAGAACUGUUUUAGCAAAGUAUCAAUAAAAACAGUGCUGGAACUGC